GGAUUUGCCGGAAAAAUGAGCAACAACAUAGGAAAAGAUGUCAUAAACUAUGAAGUAACAGAUCCCAGUGACAAUGCAUUAAAUCCCCAACCAGGUACUUUGAGAUAUGGAGCUACUAUGAUCAAAGGCAAAAAAUGGAUCACAUUCCAGAGGGACAUGAAAAUUAAACUCGAGAAACCAUUGCUCGUUAGUAGCUUCACUGCAAUUGAUGGAAGAGGUGCUAAUGUCCACAUAAAAGGUAACGCGUGCUUGAGAGUGUUCAAAGCAACCAAUGUUAUCAUACAUGGCCUUCGAAUCCACCACUGCAAGUCGCAGCCACCGACCACGGUUAUGGGUCCGAAUGGAAUAGUUUCACUAGGAGCGGUUGAUGGAGACGCAAUAAGGUUGGUUACUGCAUCAAAGGUUUGGAUAGACCACAAUACACUAUACGAGUGUGAGGAUGGUCUUCUCGACGUCACUCGUGGAUCAACUGAUGUCACCGUCUCCAACAACUGGUUCAGAAACCAGGACAAGGUAAUGCUUCUCGGUCAUGAUGAUGGCUUCUUUCGGGACAAGAACAUGAAGGUGACUGUAGUGUACAAUCAUUUUGGACCACUCUGCAAUCAAAGAAUGCCAAGGAUUCGCCAUGGAUAUGCACAUGUCGUAAACAACUUGUACAGGGAAUGGACACAGUAUGCAAUUGGGGGAAGCAUGAACCCUAGUGUUAAAAGCGAAGCCAACCUCUUCAUUGCACCAAAACAAAACAAAGAGAUCACUUGGAGGCAGGACAGUGUUAACAACUACUGGAAAUUUUACUCUAAAGGCGAUAUUUUUGAAAAUGGGGCUUCCUUCAUCCAAACAGGUCAAGGUGGAGCCCAGCCACACUAUAACAUGGAACAAAAUUUCCGAGUUGCUGACGCCAAAUCUGUCCGGUCAUUGACAAGGUCAUCAGGUGCUCUAACAUGCACCAAACAAUCUAGAUGCUAAGUCACAGGCUCAAGGAGAU